AUGUUCAACGCCCCUAACAUUUCUGUGUUCUCAGACCUCAAGAUUCUCAGCGCCAUGAAGCCAGCAGGUGCCUUUCUGCUUUUGAUCAGCCUGGCCUGUUUGUUCCUCUCUGUAGAUGCUGUGAGCCAAGGAGGCUUUCAGGCUUUUUGCAGCAACUAUGAGAAGACACUGGCCCCAGAUGGAAAAUCAUGCCCAAAGACCCACAAACCUGUGUGUGGCACUGAUGGAAAAACCUACCAAAACCGCUGUGCAUUCUGCCAAACAGCCAUGGAAAGAAGUUUGGGGAAACUUGGUUUCAAACAUGAAGGGAAAUGCUGAUUCUCGAACAUCACAAUACUGGGUGUGCCUUUGCUUUGCUUUUUACACUAAGACAUGUAUUCCUUAUUACCCAGUUUCCACAGCAGUGUGCUUCCCACCAAUUAUUACGCAUAAAACAAAAUAAAUAAAGCUAUGCCAGUCACACCAAUGCUUUGUUUAAUGUAAUGAAAGCACAUCUAAUUAAUUUACUUACGUAGACUGUUACACUCUUCAAUAUGAAAGGAGAAAUUUGAAAACUAAGCAGGCUACUACCACACUUACCUGACCCAGAAAUGCCCUAUCUGUGAGCAGUUCUUCAGUAGCUAUGCAGAGGGUCUGAAGGAAGUAAAAUAGGAUGCUCUGAAGUAAACAUAUGUACCGGAUACAAUAUGUUGGAAUAGUUGUUUUUCCUAAAGGGUGUUUUGAGUUGUUUAAGGUCAGAAAUCAAUAAAAGAUGGAC